UGGUAAUUAAUUCAACCAAGACGCGCGACCUUGCGCAUCUUUCGUCUGAAAUCUAUCAUCGCAAGACCUUUUUUCCCAGCAACGGUUCUCACCCGAGCAUUACCAGGUUUUAUUUGUUCCAUCGCAUUCCCCGCAGGCGCCAGAAUUCUGCCAUGAAGACUUAAUUUUCCUACGCAUGCCUGCCAACCACGAACUCUAACCCUCCAUCACACGUCUCACUCCUACGCGCAGCACCCGUUGCACUCGCGCAUCGCAAUACAAGGCCGAAAACGAACGAGAAAGAGUCAACCGAAGAUGCCCGCAACUAGAAAGCGCCCCCUAGGGGAGCUUGACUCCGGCAACGACCAGCAGCCUAAUCAGCCAUCCAUGCUACAUCGCAUUAGGAAUAUGUGGCAGUUCGCCAAUUUGGUCCAGUUUAUCGUCCUCUUCGGACAAGCUCUCAAACUCGACGAUAGCUUGGAUAUUGAGGAUCUGGAAGCAGAAUGCCUUAAGCCAGGGUCCAUGGUUCUGCAGGAUAUCGGCCUUGGGCUUCUCAAGUUCUUGUCUUCGCACCGGGGGCUGACCCACGAGUUGUUUGACGAAUAUACAAGAAGGCAGUUUCUCGCUAAAGCGCCGGAGAAGAAUCCAUUCGGGACCGCAGAGAUGCCAGCAAAAUUUGCGGAUUUUGACGUAUUCACCAAGAUUCGCGUGUUACAUCAGAUGACGCAGUUGAUCAUGAUGAAUCCAGAACGGCUGCGAGAAAAAACCGAAGAGCAGAAGGAUAUAGACCAGACAAACUGGCGGAUCGAGCCCUAUGGAUGGGACCGGCAAGAUCGCACCUACUUCGUUUUGGAUGACAACCGCCUCUACCGCCUCACUGAUGCCCCACCGCCUGCCCCGAAGCCAAAGAAGAAUACGAAGAAGGCCAGAGCAGCACAACGCGCUAGCAAGAGACGGCGCGUGUCGUCCGAAGCAGCAAGCGGCAGUGACGAUGCUGGAGAUGAGGCGUCAGAAGCCGGGGCAGUAGCCGAGCCAGAAGAUGACGGGCUGGGGGGUAUGAAAUGGGAAUGUGUGGCUGUCACGCUCGAUGACGUCCGCGGGUUCUUGUCGACGAUCCAGAAGACAAAGGACGCGAACGAAAAGAUCCUGCGCGACCAGAUUCAAGAUCACUUGUUGCCAAUCCUUGAGAAGCAGGAAGAAUCUAGGAAGCGCAAGCAGCUUCAACGGGAAAAGGAAUUGCUCAACCUGGAGAAGAUGGCGCAUGCGAAAAGAUCGAGCCGCAUCGCUAGCAAACUGGAACAGCAAAAGAUGGAGGAGCGCGCUCGUGAAGAGGAGCGAAAGCGGCGCGAGGAAGAAGCGGCGAGGAGAAAAGAGGAGCAGAGACGACUAAAGAUGGAGCGCGAGAGGGAUCACCGGCUGAUGUCCAGGGAACAGCGGCUCAAGGAACGGGAGGCUCGUCGUCGGCUUCACCAAGAGGAACUGGCCCAGCUGUCGGAGGAUAGCAGAAGGGACACCGACAGUGCCGCUGCCCGCAUGUCGGAGCGGCGGCGCCUCGCGGAGAUUGAGAGGAAUAAGAAGGCUUUGCAAGAGCUGGAAGAGGAAGAAGAUGAUUGGAUAUUCGACUGCGUUUGCGGGGUUUACGGCCAGGUUGACGAUGGAACGCACAGCGUGGCGUGCGAAAGGUGCAAUACAUGGCAGCACAGCAAAUGCCUGGGCAUCAACGAACAGGAGGCGGAUCAAGAUGACUUCCACUUUGUCUGCAGCUCUUGUCGUCGGCGCGAAGAGGAGGCAAACGAUCCGCACUCCCGAGUCAUCAAGAUCAAGGUUAAUCGCCAUCAGCAGUCGGAAUCGCCUCCCAGAGAGCAAGCAGCCGCAGAGAUCGCAACACCGCCCAAAGAGGCCCAAGCUCAGUUGGUGGUUGAACUUCAGUCCGGGCAAUCUCUAUGCGGACCUGACGGUGUCGAGCCAUUGCAAGCUCGCCCCAGCCCCAGCGUCCAGGAAGCCGACGCAGCUCCAUCAGUCGAGCGUACCACGUCCAACCCACUACAGGAGACAACCAAGAAUAACUUGGCGAAAGAUGGUGUGCGUGCGAUCACGCUGGUUCAACAAUCGUCAGUCGAUGAGGGGAAUAAACCCUCUUCGUCAGAGCAACCAAUUCUGACACCCCAAGAUGGACAGUCGAUCAACUCCGGCGUUCAGAAGUCGGCCGCGCUCGACACAACCGCCAUCGUGACUGGUGAUGACGACGCGCAGCCGGGAUUGGUCGCUAAAUCGGCUCAGUCGAUGGGUGCUCUUUCAACGUUGGCCGGAAGCGGGAGUGGCGGAUCGUCCCCAUCAAAGCAACCGCCUUCCCGGCCCCCUCCAACAAAGACAUCUGCAUCAGUUCCCGCCACCUCGAACAGCCAAGCAUCCCCGCCUCCUGCGGAGAAUAUUAGGGGCAUGACAUCGUCUACCCCGAUUGCUUUGCCACAUCUCAUAGCGGCCCAGCCGCGGGAGGCCAGAUCCGAUACUGCGACAGGGUCUUCGCCACUGCCGCCUCCUAGCGGCGGUCUGUCUCCCACGAAGCACUCGCCGCCCGUAGCUAAACCGCAACGGGAGGUCAAUGGGGCACUACCGGCGUCAGGAGUACACCCGUUCCGUCCAGUAGCGGCUCUAUCGCCCUCGCCGCGGCAGCAGAUAUUGACGCCUCCGGUCAAAUCCGCGGAACCAGCAAGAGUCGCGCUGUCUCAGCAGCAGGCCCAGGGUAUGCAGGCGGCCAAACUCGCUCCGGCGACUUCGCCCCGGCUUAAUGCUCAGUCGACUUGACGAGAGGUUCUCAAAAUUAUGAGAUCCGCGUUGGUGAUGAUGGUUGAUAAUUGCGUCUAGGUUAGACGCUCAGAGACCACACGUUGGCACACGUAGUUGGGUUCGGUACAUCAUGAGCGGCUCGGGAGGGAAUUGGACUGGCACACUUGAGCAUCAGCAGCGUGGCAUGUAGACUACGGAUAUAAAUGGCUAGACGACCGCAGCGAAUUUGUCACAGGAGGCAUUCAGCGAUGAUAUAAUGAAGCGAGUUGAGUCCCCG